GAUAGAUUUUAACACCUUUCAAAAGCAGUUUUCAUUAUUUGUUUUUGUUAUACCCUACCCUCAAAAUACAUGUAAAUCAAAAUAAAAUAUUUAGAAGUCAAAUCAAUGAAAACCCUUUGGGCAAAUUCUCAAAAAUGGUAGAUCUAUCAUUUAAAAAAAUGAAAACCCAUUUUGGUAAAAAAAAAAAAAAAAGCGAUUUUUGUAAUGAUCAGCCCUUAGCUCGAAACUGUCUAGGGCGACUUUUUCUAGGCGCACACACAUUUACAUGUUUUAAAACUAAAAAGGCAAACUGGGAGCAGUUUGAAGAACCCAGCAAUAAAGAUGUGUGGAUCGGAAGAAAACAUAAAGGAAACUAUGCCAUCAGUAAUUCAUUUAAAGGGGCACCAGCUAUCCAUGUCUAGGGGCUGUUUUAGCCCUAUUCUCAUGUAACCCCCCAACCCCCUCCCCCAACAAAACAAACCCCAAACAAACAAACAAACAAAACGGCGCUAGAGGGGAUGGCACUUCGGAGCUUCAGAUUGACAGGCGAUCGCCGUAAUAUGUAGAGCUACUGAGCCACCUCAUUUUUGGGGUCUAUAUGUUUAUGCCUAUCUGUGUGUUUGUUGUUCAGUUUUUGCUACUCAAUCUCCGUGCUCCUCUUCAGGAUAACGCAUAAUGCUAUUAAUAUCAUGUAUACAUCGCCAAAAGUGCAAACUAACAAUAGUUGGUUGGCGGAUGCUCUGGUGUGGUUUGCUCCUUCUUUCCUAUCAAUCAUUUAUCGUUCUUAUCGGUCCCCUUUCUUUUUUGUGCAUGUAAAUGUAAAUCUGAUCUUGUAACAUCCUUGUUGUUCGGCACUUAUGAAUUGACCUAAUUGUGUUACAAGUGCCUUAAAACUCUUAUCAAAACUAAGCAGUAACACUCACCCUUACCUCAUUUAUUAUUUUUUCCCCAGAAAAUUUGUGUGGCACCCUGACCUGCUAAGGAUGUCGUUAUUUCUGUGAGAUUCUGUGGACAGUUCAGUGAAAUUACCCUGUGUUUGAACCCUGUGCAAGUGAGUGCCAGGCCAAAUCCUCUGCCAACAUGGCGUUCUUUAUGCAGCUGCGGAUGCUGCUGUGGAAGAACUUUGUUCUCCGAAAACGUCAGCCGCCCCCAGAGCUAUGCCGUCGGCUGGAACUCUGGCCUUCCUCCAGUCCUAUGUGUGUACGUUCGACAACAAGUGCUACCCCAACGCCACCAGCGCGGGCACCAACGUACAGGGAUCCAUCAACACCUUCAAUAGUUCUCUGCUUGACGUUGCAGUCCGGGAUCUGGAGCAGAUCUUAACCGACAACGACUUCAGUACCCUCACCAAUGACCUUGAGCUUUUGCUGAACUUUGUGAAUGCUCUUCAGAAUGGAACGUCUGCCGCAGGGGAUGUUGGCAUUCGGGUGUCCAAUGUGAUCCUUGACAGGCAAAGCUUGCUGGAUAUCGUGGCCAAUCAGAGCAUCAACCUGACCCCAGAUGCUAUCGAUACGCUGCUGAAUGCCUCACUUAAUGUCCAGAAUGUGUUGGCCGACUUCAACCAGACCAACGCCGAUAACUUGGUGACCUUGAUAAACGACAUUGCCGAAGUCCAGGCGGCACAGACUCCGGACAAUGUGACCGUCCAGGAGAUUCAGCGUCUGCUCUGUGAGGACGAGAUUCUCUUGCGCUACUUUGAUUUUAACAGUCAGAGUGACGCAGAAACGUUACAGGAGCAACUGUGUAACCUGACGGCGCAGGAGCUGACAACUUUUGCCAUAGACGUGUACAACGACGUGAACUCAACACUGGUUAUGGAUGAGUUCUCAAACAUCGUGAACGACGUCACCGGUCAGAGGCCGACCAACCUGGAGGACAACGUCAUAUACCAGUUGUUAGUUAAUAACGCUGCCAGCACUUUCAAUGAUAUAAGCGUGCUCUUCAACUUGUCCGUGAAUAUAGAAAGUCAGCUGGACUCGCUUGAGGCAUUUCUGGAGAAUGACAUUGGUUUUUUGAGGGAUUUCUUUGCAAGUGAGAUGUGCAGGAACCUGGUGGGUUUUUCUACCCUUCUUGGAAAUUCUCCUCAGAUGCAACAGGUUCAAACAGCUCUGAGUGCGUUUGGUGGUUUGUCAUGUGAAAACAUCUCGAACUUUAUUGCCCUUGAGGAUCGGAAUGAUACGUACACCUGGAGAGAUGCCCUCAACAAUACAAGGCAGUUGUUCGACUCUAUUCAAAAUUUCUCCAAGUGCAUCAUGUUGGACAAAUUUGUGGGCUACGACUCCCUGAAUGAACUAGUCGAAGCUAGCCUGGAACAUAUUGAGAACAACACUUUUCUGGCUGCUGUGGUGUUUGACAACAUCGGGCCGAGCGACGUGUCCCUCCCUUCCACCAUCAAAUAUCGCAUCCGCAUGGACAUAGACAAAGUGGACAGUACCAAGAAAAUAGAGAACAAGUGGGAAAGAUCCUGGAGUACUCGGACCCACUGGUGGUGUUUGUCUUCAUGAUGGGCUUCGUGGUGUCCACCAUCACGCAGUGCUUCCUCAUCUCCGUCUUUUUCAACAAGGCCAACCUGGCAGCUGUGUGCGGAGGCUUCAUCUACUUCGUCUUGUACCUGCCCUAUACGCAGCUGGUGCAGUUUGAGGAGGAGAUUGAAACCUGGCAUCGGAUCGUCGCGUGCCUGUCUUCCAACAUCGCCAUGGGCUACGCCUGCAGCUACUUCUCCCAGUAUGAGGAGGGUGCGAUCGGCGCCCAGUGGUCAAACAUCGGCACUAGCCCCAUGGUGGACGACACCUUCAGCCUGGAAAUGUGCAUCUCCAUGAUGUACCUGGACGCUAUCAUCUACUUCCUCAUCGCCUGGUAUAUCGAGGCCGUCUUCCCGGGUGAGUACGGAAUUCCUCGCAAGCCCUGGUUCUUCAUCCAGAAGUCGUUCUGGAUGGGCACGAUCGACAGACAGAAGCAGGACAGGAUGGACGUGGAGAUGAGUGUGGAAGAUUUCAGAGACAAUAGCGGCAACAUGGAGAAAGACCCGACUGGCCGAAAAGUGGGCGUGUCUGUUCGGAACCUGCGUAAAGUCUACAACAAGGGAGAUAAGGUGGCGGUGGAUGGUCUGAGCAUCAACUUCUACGAGGGUCAGAUCACGUCUUUCCUCGGCCACAACGGGGCGGGGAAGACAACCACUAUGUCCAUCUUGACAGGGUUGUUCCCCCCUACAUCUGGCACAGCGUACGUGUACGACCGGAACAUCUUGACGCACAUUGAUGAGAUACGCAGCGAUAUGGGCAUGUGCCCCCAGCACAACGUACUCUUCGACCUGCUAACAGUAGAGGAACACAUCUGGUUCUACGCCCGCCUCAAAGGUCGCUCCAACGAGGAGGUUAAGAGAGAGCUGGAUCAGAUGCUCAAUGAUGUUGGCUUGGCCAACAAACGGAAGGCAACGUCCACAAAUUUGUCUGGUGGCAUGAAGCGCAAGCUCUCUGUGGCUAUUGCCUUUGUGGGCGGGUCGAAGACGGUGAUCCUUGACGAACCGACCGCCGGAGUGGACCCCUACGCCCGCAGGUCAAUCUGGGAACUCCUGCUCAAGUUCCGCAAAGAUCGGACAAUCAUCCUGUCCACCCACCAUAUGGACGAGGCGGAUGUUCUCGGGGAUCGGAUCGCGAUCAUCCAACAUGGGAAGCUCCGCACAGUCGGGUCCAGUCUGUUUCUCAAGGGCAGGUUCGGCAGCGGCUACUACCUCACGCUGGUCAGACAGGACGGUGGGGAUGGCAGCUCUUCGGCUAUGGAUUCUGUGUCUAUGAGCAGCCGACCAUCAACUGCUGCCAGUGUGCGCUCUGUGGUGGACGUCCAGCCUCGCACAGAUACUCCAAAGAUAGACACGACAAAAAAUGGACUGCCUUCUGUGAUGAAUGAGGUGGAAGACGAGGGAUACGAGGAGAAAAACGCUAGUGAUGGAAGCGGCAGCGACUCUCCCAUUCCGCUCCCGAUCCCUAAGUCACGUCUCAGGAUGGUCCCUGGUUUCUCUGUGUCCCGGCUGACGGCCUUCAUCCAGAAGUUCGUCCCGUCUGCCGCUUUGGUGGAGGACAACAGUAUGGAGGUCUGUUUCCGACUGCCGGAGGAGGAAGAACAUUCCAGAAAGUUCCAGGAACUUUUUGCUGCUCUGGAGUUCUCGCAUGUGGAGCUGGGUGUGUCCAGUUACGGAAUUUCUGACUCCAGUCUGGAGGAGGUCUUCCUUCGAGUGGCGGAGGAGGGGGAAGCAGAUGAAAACUCUGAGGAAAAAUAUCAGGAGGAAACAACAGAAAAUGGCAGGUACCCGCGGCGCCCCUCUGUGCGCAGUAAGAAACCCAAAACGUCCAUGUUCAAACUGAGCUACAGAAACAGGGUCAACUCAGCGGAACGACUCACGAACGACACGAGUGACACCGACAAUGUUAAAAAAGGCUAUGAGUCGAUGGCUUCAGAACCUGCAGACUCGAUUAACGACAUCAACUUCAGCGGAGCGGGAAAAGUUCAGGUGGUCGGCAAGGUGCUGGUGAUGAGGCAACUUCUGGCUCUCUUCCUCAAGCGUUUCCACCACGUCCGGCGCAGCAAGAAAGGCUUCAUUAGCGAAAUCCUCCUCCCUGCUGGCUUUGUGUGUCUGGCCAUGAUCUUCUCCCUGAUCCUGCCCCCGUUUGAGGAAGAACCGCCCCUGGAGCUACAGCCCUGGAUGUAUGAACCCAAGAAAGGCGACAACUUCCUCAACACUUUCUACAGCCAAGAGAACCCUACCAACCUCCUCGCUCAGUCUCUGGAAGCAACAAUGUUGAAUUCUCCGUACUACGGCACCCGCUGCAUGAAUGACAGUCAGCACUCUAUAGAGAGCAAGGCCUGUUUGCCGUUUACCUCUUUGUGGACUCCCCGACCUUUCAUGCCCAAUGUAUCGGAUCUUCCUUCCUGUUCCUGUGACAGUGGCUUCCAGAGAUGUCCUGAUGGUGCUGGAGGCCCGACCCCAUCCUACUCGGUCAUCCAGACCAAUGACCGUCUGCACAACGUGAGUGACCGUGACGUCUCAGAGUGGCUGGUCAGGACUAUAGAUCUCUACAGGAGACGCAGAUUCGGAGGCUUCUCUCUCGGUGAGGAGAACCCACUGGGUCAGUUCAACACGACGCAGGUGGGCGAGGUUCUUGAACGGCUAGUGACCGCUGCCAGCAACGACUCCUCUAUCUGGGCGGGCUCGGAGCAGAUUUGGAGAGACCUGGAGACUAUUCUGGAAGAUGGUUAUGUUGCCGACAAUGUCAAGGUUUGGUUCAACAACAAGGGCUGGGCUGCCUCUGUGUCCUACAUGAACGCCAUGAACAAUGUGAUUCUGCGCAGCAUGCUUCCCCCCGGCACCGACUCGCAUUACUACGGCAUCGUCACCUACAACCACCCGAUGAACUUGACCAAGCAGCAGCUGAACGAGGAGUUAUUGUACAGCAGUGCCGUGGACGUUGUCGUGGCGAUCUGCGUCAUCUUCGCCAUGUCCUUCGUCCCGGCCAGUUUUGUGCUUUUCCUCAUCGAAGAGCGCGUGUCCAACAGCAAGCACCUGCAGUUUGUGUCCGGCAUCAACCCCACCAUCUACUGGCUGGCCAACUGGCUCUGGGAUAUGUUGAACUACUCCAUCCCAGCUAUUCUGUGCAUCUUCAUUUUCCUGGCUUUUGGAAAAGACGCGUACGUGUCUGCAAAGAACUUUCCUUGCCUGUUGGCCCUGCUUUUCCUCUACGGAUGGUCUAUCACACCAAUGAUGUACCCGUUCUCUCGAGUGUUUGACGUGCCGAGCUCAGCGUUUGUGGCGCUGUCGUGUGUCAAUGUGUUCCUGGGCACUGUGUCCACUCUGGCGACUUUCAUUCUGGAGCUCCUGUCGCAGGACGACCCGGAUCUGAAAGACAUCAACGUGAUCCUGAAGCAAGUCUUUCUGCUCCUCCCCCACUACUGCCUGGGCCGAGGCCUCAUCGACAUGGCCAGCUUCCAGCUGCAGGCAAAUGUCCGAAACAGAAUUGGUCAGAACUUUAACUACGACCCGUUUGAUUGGGAGGUCGUCGGGAGAAACCUGUUUGCCAUGUUCAUGGUAGGAAUCUUCUUCAACAUUCUCAACUGGCUGAUCGAGUACAAGUUUUUCCUGUCUUGGGCAUUCCUGGCUAGGAAGCCCGUUAAGAAGUCCAACACCCUGGACGUAGAUGUGGCGAGAGAGAAGGAGAGAGUUCUUUCUGGGGGAGCGGCAAAUGACGUCAUGCGACUGGAAGGACUCACAAAGGUGUACUCGACCCCAGGCAGGAAGGGUAAGAUGACCGCUGUUGACCAACUGUACGUGGGUGUGCCCAAAGGUCAGUGCUUCGGCCUGUUGGGGGUCAACGGAGCGGGAAAGACCACGACCUUCAAGAUGUUGACAGGAGACGAGGGAGUCACGAAGGGAGAUGCCUUCAUCAACCAGUACAGCAUCCGCUCCCACAUGGUCCAGGUGCGACAGUUCAUGGGUUACUGCCCUCAGUUUGACGCGCUUGACCCUCUGUUGACCGGUCGCGAACAUCUCGAGUUCUACGCGCGGGUCCGAGGCAUUUCUUACCGAGAGGUCAAGUCUGUGGCCAACUGGGCUAUCUCCAGACUGGGGCUGACUCGCUACGCCGACAAGAUAUCCAGCAGUUACAGCGGUGGGAACAAACGUAAACUCUCCACAGCCAUCGCGCUCAUUGGGAACCCACCCAUCAUCUUCCUGGAUGAACCCACAACUGGCAUGGACCCGAAGGCUCGCAGGUUUUUGUGGAACUGCAUCAACAGUAUCGUCAAGGCCGGCCGCUCCGUCAUCCUCACAUCCCACAGCAUGGAGGAGUGUGAAGCUCUCUGUUCCCGUCUGGCCAUCAUGGUCAACGGAACGUUCAAAUGUCUGGGCAGCACACAGCACCUCAAGAACAGGUUCGGUAACGGCUACACCAUCAUCCUGCGGGUGAGUGGGGAAAACCCUCAGAUGGCGCCCGUCAUGGACUACAUCACGACCACCUUCCCCACGGCCAAACUCCGAGAGAAACACUACAACAUGCUGCAGUACCAACUGGGCAACAAGAACCUUUCGCUGAGUCAGCUGUUCCGAGCCAUGGAGGAGGCCAAGAGAGACCUGGGGGUGGAGGACUACAGUGUCUCUCAGACCACACUAGAUCAGGUAUUCAUCAACUUUGCCAAGAAGCAGACAGAUCUGAAGGAUGAUGAGCUGGGCGAAGAUCCAGCUGAUGAUGAAGAGAUGGAUGAAAAUAUGGAUGAUGAUGGGAAUGACGACAAUUUGAGUGCUAUGUUCAAUGCAGACUCUGUGAGUACUGGGAUCCCGUCCGAGUUUGAUGAGCAAAGUAUCUCCGGCAGCACAGUGGAGCUGAUCCGGCCCGGAAGUCGACACAGCCACACACAUAUCCAGGGCAAGGGAGGAGCUUCUGCAGAACUCUCAAAUAAUGAGCCUUCGCCAACUGUAAUGGAAUCUGUAAGGUUAUAGUUUAAUGUUCAUAUCCCAUAUGAGGCUUUUGUUUUUUUUGUUGUUUUUUUUUUGCUUCACACAUGUAAAAAUGUUUUGCUGCCAGGCGCAUUGACCAGAAUUGGCUCCAGAUGUGGAUGUCCACUCUUUGUUGUUGUAUGUGUCUCUGUCUCUGCUUUCACAUCAUUUCUUCUUCUCUGUGGUGACGGAUGUAUAUAUAUAUCUUAAGGGGAAAUCUUUUUUCAUCUUUAGCUUUUGCACACUGAUGUACAUAAUAUGCUUUAGCUUUAAAAAAAAGUAGUGGGAAGGUUACUUUCGAUGUCUUUGUACAUAAAUAUAAAAUUACCAAGGAGAUUCUUUCUGUAAAAAGGGAAAUAAAUUCUCAAGAAUUACAUACUAUAACUGUAUGUUGGGAUCGGUGCACAUGUAGGCAUUCUUUAGUCCAAAGCCAAUGACUGAGGUAUCUGUCGGGCUGUCAUCUUGAUAUCUUGAUGUGGCCUGUGAGUGGGCAAGCCUCGUUGUUUCAAGAACACAUUGACAGGUCUUUCAUUUUCUAGCAAUGUUCUGGCUACAGCUCAAUCUGUGUUAUUUUGAUGUCUACCACAGCAGAAUUUACCACCAGUUCUGAACUUACAUAGACACACACACACACACACACACACAUAUAAAUAUAUAUAAUAUACAUUCAUUCCUAAGACACGAACACUCAUUUGACAGGUUUCUGCCAGGGUUUUAAAAGUCUUGGGGAAGAUGGGGGCAAUACGUGUGCAGUCAAAAUUGUCCAAGACGGCCACCCUUUGGUGAAGAGAAAGCAGUUGUCUUAGACAUGUGGACAUCUUGAACAGUGUCAUUAUAAUAUACCAAAAAGAAACCACAAGGUGGGAAAAUGGGAAGAGGUCUUUUGAGGAGGCAAUUGUCAGGGACAAGUGGUCGUUAGAACAAGUCUGACAGUAUUUCAAAAGAAGUUUUGUAAAGUAUCAAAAACAGGGAUUAUAAAGAUUUGUUUAAUUUUUGGGACGUAUGUUUUAUGUAGGUUAUUUGUUUCUCAGCGUGUCAUAACACUCCCUUUCAUGCUACUGCUAUCACCUUUGCUUCACCAUGAUGCUACCUGUUUGCUUCCCGUCCAUUUUGGUUUGAUAUUGUGGAAACAACGGGUACAUUACAGUCAGCACAGUCUGUAGAAACAUAGUACGACUGCUCAGAUCAAGAUGGUAUUUUAAGAAAGUCUGAACAAGGUACUGAUGAUAUUUAAUUUUCCCAUUUUAAACGAGUUUGGAAAUAAUUCAUGAUUUACAGAUAGCUUCAGCUUUAAAUAUUGCUACAUGAUAUGCUGUGUCUUUGUUAAUUUAUUAAGAAAGUUGCUGUAAGUGUUUCAAAGAUACUCAAGAUAUGGAAAGGUCAUUCUCACAAGAUCAUUCAUAGCUCAUGUGCUAAAUGGACUACUGCACUACGCAGUUUAAAAAACCCCCCCAAAACUUUCAUUUUGGAGGAAAAUUCAAUAUUUCGUAUUUUUAUGAAAAUCUAGAUCUACAUUUGACCCCUAUCUUGCCUCAAUUUCCCCCUCCCCCAUCCCUUCCCCGACUACCAAGUCAAAGUGUAGGUAGUUUUGGUACUGUCCCUUUAUCAGUUGACCCCUUUGACCCAUUGCUGCUUUGUCUGUGCCUUCUGCGGUCUAUGUUUGUGUUGUCCAAACUGUCAUCUGAUAGGAACUGUACAAUACAUGGAUGGGAAAGAAAUACGUGUCAUGCACCUUUAUUGCAGCUUUCCAGAUCUAUGCUGAUGUUUUUUGUGAUCAGUCGGUCUAUAUUUAAAUGUUUCUUCAGUCGCCUCAGUUCUGUAAUACAAUGUCAAUUCUCAUUCAUGACAAUCUUUGUGUCAAAUUCACAUAAAAUCCUGAAUCUCUACCCAAGAAAAGAAAAAAAAAGGAAAGUGACAAUAAUUUGUCAAUUUAUAAUAUAUUGGUCCAUUUUUAGUGUAUUGAGAUUUUUUGAUAUUCCAGAACGUGAAAUGAUACCUAGAAAAAAGUGUAUUACUGGUACUAAAUGGAAAGUUUCAUGGGUUGUUUACAGCAGUGGCCUUGUUAAAUAUGAAAAUUGAUUGCUCACAUUCCAUCUUGUAAGUUGUUGUUCCAGGUAUGCUUCAUAUUUUAUACAUGGGAAACAAGUUGCAUCUGUUUGCUAAAUGAAAUACAUGUUUCAAAGGUAUUUUGUGUUGAGAUAUUUGAAAUGUAUUCGAAGGUAUGUAAAAUAUCUUUGCUGCUUUGCUCUUUUUCUCUUCAUGUAUAUCUCGUCAGCAUCAUCCUUCAAUCCCCGAAGUCAUUUUUUUUAAGCUUUGAGAAAAUGGAACAAAAAAAAAAAA